AUGACUGAUCAGCCACAGGACUCUGCUGGUAACCUGUCAUUGACAAACCUGCAGCUUCAGAUAAAGACACCUGAGGAUCUGAAGGAUGGUAUGAGUCACCGUUCUCGGGCCUCCAGGGUGCGGCAGCAUGUCCACUGUGAUUCCUGCUACAGUCGGCGCUGCAGGGCUCGGGUGGAGGUCUCCGUGUGCUGUGCCGUCAUCCCCUGCCGUCUGCUCUGUGGUGCCGUCUUCCACCUGUGCAAAGAGGAGGAUCACCUGCUGCUCUGCCCCAAUGUGAGGGUGCCCUGCCUCAACGCGGAGUUCGGCUGCCCGGUCCAGCUGCCCCGAUCCUCUCGGGCCGCUCACCUCCAGGUGUGUCCAGCCAGCGUGGUGAGCUGCUCCAUGGAGUGGAACCGCUGGCCGGCCAACGACGCCCAUUCCCAUCCAAACACAGAGCUGCAUAAAAACCUGCUCAAAGAAAGAGAGCAGGGAGGAUGCCUGGACCUGGCCUUGGCCCUGAAAGACCAGGACCGACUGUUUCACUCCAUGAAGAUGAAGAAACUGUUCCCAGAGAUGAUCCAGACUGCAGAAGAAGAGAUGAAAGAAGAGAGGAAGGCGGAGAAGAGGAGGAAGGAGAAAGAGAGGAAGAAAAAGGCCAUGCUGGAGAAGGAGGGAGCAGAAAGGGAAGCUGCAAAAGAAGCCAGUGUUCAGACCUGGCAGUCUUUCAACCCAUUUAAUAUAGAAAACCCUCAUGAGAAAGAUGAGGAUGAAGAUGAGGAUGAGACUGAAUAUCAGCCGGUGCUAACUCAGGAGGAGAGAGAGGCUUUGGCCAGGUCAUCAGGAGUGGAGGCUAACCUGUUGGAGAACUACAACGCCUGGGAACGCAUCUUCAGUAUGGAGAUGGGCGGCUGCAGGACAGCUGGAGGGGCGGCUGCAGGAGGCAGAGGACAGAGUCUGCCGACAGGAAGGGGGAAAGGCCUGGGCACUGUUAUGGAGGAAGACACCUGUAUGGCUGCAACAGCAUCAAACACCUGCACACUGGUGAGCGGUGCAUGCUCCUCAGCCUCCUCCAGUCUUGCUGGAAAGCUCAGGAAGAAGAACUUUGUGUAUGGACACGUGGAGCCGAUGAAGAUUAUCACUGUACGCACCUUUAAAAUCCCAACCAGCUUCUCUGCCAAGCAGUCCCGCAUCCGCAACCCUGGUUUCUACAAGAGGGAGAGUGAAGCUGUGGACACCAGUGACCUGGGAGUGACACCAGAGCAGAUGCCAGUGUGGGAGGAAGUUCAGGCCUCCCUGCUGUGCUCCCUGGAGAAGGAGCAGAGGGGUCACCUCAUCGCAGAGAGCGUCAGCACCGACGGUCUGUUAACGGAUGAAGGCACACAGACCUACAGCUUUCUGUCUGCUCCUUUCCGGAAAAACACGUCGCUGGCAGACCUGACAGCUGGAAAACCGCUGGAGCUGCACCUCCAGCUGCAGGUGGAGGGCGUCACCAGCCGUCACCACAAGGCCAGCUCUGCCUUCACCUUCCUCUGUGGACACACCUUCCAGCGCAGAGAGUACGGCAAACAUUACAAGAACAUCCACAGUGAUAUCCAGAUGGGGGUGAACGGUUGGUUCGAGCAGAGAUGUCCGCUGGCGUACCUGGGAUGCACCUUCAGCCAGAAGAGACUUCAGCCGUCCACACAUGAAGCAGCUGUCAGAUACAAUGAGGAUCUGGGCUGCUUUAGCCUCCAUCCCACCACCACCAUUUCUCUGGGUGAGUCCUCCAGCAGCACAGCGGACUCCUCCAAAGCUCAGAGGAGGAGAGGAGGUCCAGCUGGAGGUGGUGAGGACUCUCUGAGCUCGCUGCCCUACGAGGUGCUCUGCCACAUGGCCAGCUUCCUGGACAGCCAGUCCCUGUCGCAGCUCGCUCUGGUGUCCCAGCUCAUGAGGCAGGUGUGCUGGUCGCUGCUGCAGGACAGAGGGAUGGUGACCCUCCGCUGGGAGAAGGAGGCCGAGUCACACGGAGGAGCCAAGUGGAGGGUGAAGCAGAAGGUUUGGCACUUCAGCACUUUGUUCUCUCCCGUGGACACCUGGUGCUUCCGAGACGUGCCGUCCGUGUCGGAGCAUCUAAAGGUGUGCGCUUACUAUGAGAGAGAGCCCAAGACCGAGAAGAUUUGCCUUCCUCGUAUCCGGGAAGAAAUCCGAACCAACAGGAGCUGCAAAGGUCCCACUCUGGUGACGUUGUUCCAGCAGAAGAGGAUCAUGAUGUAGGGCUCUAAAAUGAAUCCAUCCCAACCUGCCAACAACGGAUUUCUUUUCUUGCAUGUUGUCUCCUUUUUCCCCUCUGACCAUAUUCCCUGUCCUCUGUCGUUUAAAGAUAAGGAGAAAAGUUAUAUUUGGAGAUGAAUGCCUUCAUAGCAGUUACAUUAGACUUUAGAAUCUAAAUCUAACUUGAUGAACAAAUAUGUCAGAACAGCACUGAAGUUAAUUAUUUCAGAAAUACAUCAAUAA